ACCCCGUGCCCCGCUCCUCCCGCCACUGCCAGCUCUAAGAUGCCCCGCUAUGAACUGGCUUUGAUCCUGAAAGCCAUGCAGAGGCCUGAGACAGCUGCCGUGCUCAAACGCACCGUUGAGGCUCUGAUGGAGAGAGGAGCCAUCGUGAGGAACCUGGAAAAUCUGGGGGAGAGGUCUCUGCCUUACAAAAUCUCCAAGCACAAGGAGCGCCACAAGAGAGGAGGGUACUUUCUGAUCGACUUAGAGGCCCCCCCUUCCCUGGUGUCCCCCCUGAUGGAUCACCUGGGCCGGGACAUCGAUGUUAUCAGGAGAGCUUUUAUCAAACACCCCCUGGCCGAGGCAGAGGAAUGCAGCGGCAUCCUCCCAGCCAGCCCCGAGGAGAAACUCUCUGCCAAGAAAACCCCCAAAUUUUCCCACCCUUUUUAACCCAUUUUUAAUUGUGAUAAAUCCUGUCCGUCCAAAAAAAAAAAAAAAAAAAAAAAAAUCAUUUUUGGGCGUGGGAUGUGUGUGGUCUGUCACAAUAUUGGAACAAAUGAGGGUUUUUUUUUUUUUUUUUUUGUGUAAAAUAAUUGGGAUAUUUUUAAUCUGGGCUCUUAUCUUGCUGUUUGACAGCUCUGCUAAUUGAUUUGAGCAUUACGUCGAUAAUGAAGAUUCCUCCAGCAGCAGGAUGCUAUAAAUACCCAUUUUUUUUUCCCAGAGAUUACUCCAGAAUAUGGAUAUUUACAUGAGAGAUUAAGAAUUCUGCAGUGUAAAUAAAGGAUGCUAUAAAUAACCAUUUUUUUCCCCCAGAGAUUACUCCAGAAUAUGGAUAUUUACAUGAGAGAUUAAGAAGUCUGCAGUGUAAAUAAAGAAAUGUAGGAUGUGAUUUGAUGGGGUUGUUUUUUUGGGGGGAAAAAAAAAAAGGCAAUAAAAGUGUGGUUAAAAGUAAAAC